GGAUAUCAAAACGAAGAAGUGCAAGUCUAACUACUGCACUUGUAUUUAUGCGAUACCAUCUGUGCAUCAUCUUUGACUUCACAUUUUGUGGCGAAGAUUGGCAUGCCUUUUUAAAACUUUUUAAAAGUUGGAUUCGUUAAGAUAUGCCACUGUUUACGGUACUUCCGCUAAAGGGUUCAGUGACUCUCGGUCAACUUUACAAACCUUCACGAACAAAGCCAAAUUGAAUGCCAACAGCAGUUUUGAGUCCGCCUAUAUACACAACUUCAAAAUCGAUACUUUUAGAAGGAUAAUAUACGUGUUUUUUAAGUAAGCAGUAUUUCUUCAGGAGUCUCAUGGACGACAGUGGUACUAAAGAGGGUCCAGGGCCAGAUAUGGGACCUUUAAAUAAUUUGGGAAAAACGGCAAGAACCCGACUCAAAAAGAAGGACAGCUCAAGAGUUGAAGCAACUCCCUUUCACAUCGUCAGUGAAGUAAGAUCGAACCGCGGCACACGACCUGCUUCGGUCAAAAGAUUAGGAUUACCUGGCCCAACUGGUCAUUGGAAUGCUCAACAUGGCCAGAAGGUAGAAUCUGUUGAUGCAUCCAUCGGAAGCACAGAUGCCAAAUCAUCCAGUGCAAAAACUGAGCUGGUCAAGUCCAUUGAAAAAACACACAAAAGUACACGUGGGUAUUUGCCAACUAGGAGUAAAGCAAAGUUGGACAUGGAAGACAUGUACACUUCUGUACCAACUGAGGCCAUAGAUGGUUGUGUAAAUGGUGAAAAGAGCGUGUCCUUCACGUCCACGAAACCACACCCAGCUGUGAAAAGGAAGAAAAGGAAGAUGGGGUUGUACAACUUUGUCCCAAAAAAGAAGGCAAAGCCAGUGAAACAACUGGAAAAAGUAAGAAAUGUUGGAGCAGAUGGGGUAAUACCUGCUAUUACAAAAUCUGGAGAAACCUCAAGCAUGAGAAGUGAAUCUUUCAGGGAAGGACAAUCUGGAGAAGCAAGCCAUGCUGAGUACACAGAGUUGAAUUUAGACUGUAUUGAUCUAAAACUUCAGGAAGAGCUACUUUUACCACAAUCAACAGCACUCUCUGAUGUGAUGGAAUCAGAUUUGGCCGAGGAAUUACCUUUGUGCUGUUGUCGUAUGGAGACUCCAUCAUCUGGAGACAGAUUGUCCAAAAAUGAUCAGACCUGUAUGGCCAUGGAGAGCACAGAGGGAGUGUUGAAUCGUUGCCAGAAUAAUGUGAUUAAGCAUGAAAUGAUGAGACCUUCCAAUGUGGUUCAUAUGCAGGUUCUGUGUGAGAAUCACAGGGCCAGCAUGGUUAAACACCAAUGCUGCCCUGGCUGUGGGGUCUUUUGUGCUGCAGGUACCUUCAUGGAGUGCCAGCCCUAUGGUAACAUUUCCCACCGCUUUCACAAAAGCUGUGCCUCCAUUUUGAAAGAUCGCAGGUUUUGCCCACACUGUGGAGAAGAUGCCAGUGGGGCAAAAGAGGUCACAGUGCCCUCACCUUCUUCACCAUUACUUCCCACUUUACCACCGAAACCCGCUAAGCAGAUACUCAAGGCUAAAAAGACAAGUGAACCACAAAGGAGUAGAGAGAUGAACUUAAACAGCAGUACUGCAGCCAGAAGUCCUAAUGAAUCACUGGAGACUAUACUGACGGGACUAGAUGAUGAAAAUUUGAAACCAACAAAAGUAAAUUACACUACCAGAGAGCUGUUCAUUUCUGCAAAGGAAGGGGAGCUCCAGAGGGUCAUUCGCCUCUUGGUUGAUGGAAAGGACCCCAACUUUCUGAUGGAUGUCCAAAACAAACGAACUCCCCUACAUGCUGCUGCUACAGAAGGGCAUGAGGAAAUUUGCCAUAUGCUAAUACAGGCUGGAGCCAAUUUGGAGAUGUUGGAUGAAGAGCAGAGAACACCCCUGAUGGCAGCUUGUGUAAAUAACCAAUUAGAGACUGUAAAGUACCUGAUUAGGGCUGGGGCCGCUAUUAACCACAAGGAUUCAAUGGGUUUUACCUGUUUGCAUCUGGCAUCUAAACUGGGACAUUAUUACGUUGUUCAACAUCUGCUCUCCAAGACAUCCAAGUACAUCAACUGUCAGGAUGUUGGUGGAUGGACUCCAAUCACCUGGGCAAUUGAGUAUAAACGCGAGAAUGUGUUUUACCUGUUGCUGGCCAAAGGGGCAGACGUUAACAUCAGAGACAGGGAACAGAAUAUCUGCCUGCACUGGGCAGCUUUAUCAGGGUGUGCUAAUGUCACCCAAGCUUUGUUGGAUGCCAAGUGUGACCAAAAUUCUGUCAAUGUUCAUGGGGACCUGCCAAUUCAUGUGGCUGCCAGAGAAAACCACCUAGAGUGUGUGAUGUUGUUUUUGACCAACGGAGUUAACCUGAGUCAUAAGAACAGGGAUGGACAAACCGCUUUGGACUGUAGCAUCAAUGGCUCAAAGGUAUGGAUGGCUCUUAAUGCAAGUGCAAAGCUGAGUGAUACCAGGGGGAACCGUGGUGAGCAGGUGCUUAUAAGGGACAUUUCUAGGGGUUAUGAGGCGCUUCCUAUAAGCUGUGUUAAUGGUGUUGAUGACAGGCCAUACCCUGGAAACUUUAAAUACAUACCAGACAACUGUGUCACUUCCCCAGUAAAUAUUGACUGUGACAUAACUCACCUGCAGCACUGUAGUUGCACAGAUGACUGUUCAUCCAGUACCUGCACAUGUGGCCAGCUUAGUCUACAAUGUUGGUAUGAUAGUGAGGGCUGCUUGCUGAUGGAUUUCUGUCAGCAAGAUCCUCCAGUGCUCUUUGAAUGUAACCAUGCCUGCUUAUGCUGGAGAACCUGCAAGAAUCGAGUUGUUCAACAUGGAUUGAGAGUUCAACUACAGGUUUUCAGAACAGAGAAAAUGGGCUGGGGAGUAAGAGUCAUGCAGGAUGUCCCCCAAGGAACAUUUAUUUGCGAGUAUGUUGGUGAGAUCAUCACUGACACAGAAGCUAACAAUAGAGAGAAUGACUCUUACCUCUUCACACUUAACGAUAAGGUAGAUGAUGUACACUGCAUCGACGCAAGACUUUUUGGCAACAUUGGCCGUUUCAUUAACCAUCUUUGUGAGCCCAAUCUGUUAGCUGUGAAGGUAUUCACCAUGCACCAGGAUAUGCGAUUUCCAAGGAUUGCUUUCUUUUCCAACAAAACUAUUAAAGCUGGUGACCAGAUCGGGUUUGACUAUGGUGAUCACUACUGGAUGGUGAAGAGCAAAUACUUGAGCUGUCAAUGUGGUUCACCGGUGUGUCGAUACUCUGAAAGAUUGACUUCAAUGAUCACAUUGUAGUUUAGCUACACUUAUCUUUGUAUCUAACAUGUAUCGGUCAUGUUUUAACUAUCAGACACAUUUUUGUUCGCACAUUCUAGGAUGUAUUUGAUCAAUCUGUGUAGUGUUAGAUGUGAAUUGGCCUGUCAACAUAUGCAUUACGAUACAAUGUAAUAAAUGCUUGUACUGAGUAUUCCCAGUGCCCAGCAAUAUCUCCUCUCCUCAAAAUCUGAUAUUUAUGUCCAAAUGAGUGGAAUAUUCUAUUCAGAUUAGCUCCAUGACAGUGACAUGUAUGACAAUGUCAUCGGUGCUUGUCACCGUCUCCAUCAAUCAUGUCACCACUUUUAUCAGCAAGCCUGAUUGACUAGGAAAUUGUUUGCCUGAUUGACUAGGAAAUUGUUUGGUGCUUAACUUUUCUCCUCAUAAAGAAAUAUUUGGGGAAUAAUGAAUACAUCACUAUCCAAAACAAAACAUAACCAAAUAAUCGCAUUUGUUUUGAAUAUGUCUGAUGUUAUUUAAAUAUUGGUUUUUUUUUUUUUUUUUUUUUUUUUUUUUCAAACAAUAAUAAUGAUCGACAUUCUGAUGUUCUUACUUGCAAAGUUUAAUAUACAUGAAAUUAUUUUCCGAAUCUUCUCCAGGAUUCCAAAUAUUUCUUGGAGGAUUUAAUUUUUUACACAUAUACUCUUAGAGUAACAAAUAGCAGUAAAGUAGUAGAUUGCAACACCAUUGGACUACAAUGUGCCUUAUUUUAUUUAUUAUAAAUGUGUUUAAUCAACUUGUUUGUGUUUUAAUUAUUCAAGCAAUGUAUCUACAACUUUGUUACUACCUUAUAAUUGGAUUUCAAAUGGAUACUUUGUUUCACA